AUGCGUGAGGUGUUUGAAGCCUUCCUAACGGAUCCGAUCCGUGUGAACGAAGACGUUUAUACGCUGUGGCUGGAAGGACACAAUGCCAGAGACUCAUUGGCCGCUCGUCUGCGUCUUCCGUCGUCCGUGCAAAUGCCGUUUAUGACCGAGAACGCGGUCGCUAAGCAGCGCGAACUGGUCUGGAGGGACACGGUUGACCAGUAUCGUCUUUACGAUAAACUGGAGCACUACCUGUCACAACCGAGCCUCUUCCGCUCUCAGCUACUUUUUCAGAUCCCACCAGCGCAACAAUACUACAUGGUAGAACGCUACUACGCGCGGGACGCCGACGUGGACCGCUGGUUGCUGGGCAAAAAGCUCUCUGGACAACUGGAGAAGGACUUGGACGAUGUGGCAGAGCAUUCUGGUCGUACAUUCAAGAGCUGUCGUCGACAUUUGGAGAAUCUUCGAAAGGUCUACGCUGCUGUGGAAGAACCCAACUUUCAUGGCCUCCCAUGUCGCACCGUCAGCGAGCACUUCCUGCUGUCAGAGCAGCUUGCUAGCAAGUACGCGUGUCUACUUUUUAUUUUGCACACGAGGUUCCAAGUGCACCCUCACCACCCUGAUGCAGGUUUUUUGACGUGGUCCGAUCUGCGCUUUUUCGCUGUAUUGCUCAUGACGCAUUGGCUUCCGCAACGAAAGAGACUGCCGAAGCUCAUGUUCCCUAAUAGUCCCAUCCCUAAGUACGUAGCUGAAGACACUGUGGUUGAGAAUGGUGCCCAGAUCGCGCUGCGCUCUCCGAGCACCGGGGACUGGCCAGCAAUUAUUUUUUUGCAGGAGAGGCUGCAGCCUACGAGCGUGUGGGAGACGGUUGGGCUGGAUCUAUGUCAUUUCUUGACUAACUGUCUGCGCGAUCUCAAAGUCCAUCUCAUCAAUGACGAUGAUGUCCUCAGAGUGUUCAACGAAAAAGUUCUGACGAGGUUGCGGUCAUCGACUGCGGCAGAAGGAAUGCUACGUGAAAACGCUAGCAGCUUAGACGAGUUGGAGAGCAAGUUGUAUCUAAUUAUACAUGGGCUUUUAACCAUUGGCGCUGGCCUGUCUCAGCCUAAGGAAUUUCAACACCUACUGGAGCACUUGCUGACUCGAGUGGUACACGUUUUGCACGACUGCAAAAUCACGAAGCUACAGCUUGAUGCGCUCUUCAGCGCUUUAGUAGAUGCGCUACCCGAGCUGGAUGUGUGGUAUCUCAAUGGCCAGGAAACGCGUAGUUCACUGCUCGCUAGUUGGCACCGCUUUAUCAGUGUUUGUCGAGUCGUUGUACUGACGGUCUACGACCGCUGCCACCCUUCUACGAUCUCCACGACGCGCCAGCAAGUAAUGUAUAGUGCUGGAUUAGAGCAGACGGCUACUAACGUUUCAGCGAAGCACAACCGGAUGGCAAACGCAUUCGAAUCGCAGGCUCGUCAGUAG